AUCUGUUAAAAGUAAAAGUUGAGAAAUUUAAAAGAAAAUCCACGUAGACGUUUUCGCUGAUUAGGCAAACCAGAGAUUCAUAUUCUCACAUUUAAAUCUACAUAGACAACGAUAAGUUAUUUUGAUAUGACACUCAAAAAGAUCUGCUGUAUUGGAGCUGGUUAUGUCGGUGGACCAACAUGUUGUGUUUUGGCGUCAAAAUGUCCUGACAUCACUGUGACAGUAGUUGACAUCAGCGAGGCAAGAAUCAAACAGUGGAACUCAGAGAAACUACCAAUAUUUGAGCCUGGGUUAGAUGAUAUAGUAAAGCAAUGUAGAGGGAAGAAUCUGUUCUUUUCCACAGAUGUGGACAAAGCCAUCAUAGAAGCUGAGCUAAUCUUCAUCUCUGUCAACACACCUACCAAAACAUAUGGCCUGGGAAAGGGAAGAGCUGCUGACUUAAAACACCUAGAAUCCUGUGCUAGAAGAAUUGCAAAUGUGGCCCAGAGUUCAAAGAUCGUUGUUGAGAAAAGUACAGUACCAGUCAGAGCUGCAGAGAGCAUCACAAACAUUCUAAAAGCUAAUGUCAAACCAAAUGUCAAAUACCAGGUUCUCUCAAAUCCUGAGUUCCUCGCUGAAGGUACCGCGAUAAAGGAUUUAUGUAACCCCGACCGUGUCCUGAUUGGUGGAGAGAGAUCGGCAGCGGGACAGGAAGCAAUUGAGGCCUUAUGUUGGGUUUAUGAACAUUGGGUCAGCAAAGAGAAAGUUAUCACAAUGAACACAUGGUCAUCAGAGUUAUCAAAACUAGCUGCUAAUGCUUUCCUUGCACAAAGAAUCUCAAGUAUAAAUGCUAUGUCAGCAGUGUGUGAAGCAACAGGGGCUGAUGUUUCAGAGGUCAGCUAUGCAGUGGGCUCAGACACUAGGAUUGGACCAAAGUUUCUACAAGCUAGUGUUGGUUUUGGUGGAAGUUGUUUUCAGAAAGAUGUGCUGAACUUAGUGUACCUUUGUGACUGUCUCAACUUACCAGAAUGUGCAGCAUACUGGCAGCAGGUGAUUGACAUGAAUGAAUACCAAAAACGCAGAUUUGUCAACAGAAUCAUCGAGUGCCUGUUCAAUACAGUGGCAGAUAAAAAGAUUGCAAUGUUUGGAUUUGCUUUCAAGAAAGACACUGGAGAUACAAGGGAGUCUGCCAGUAUCUAUUUGAGCAAGUACCUGAUGGAUGAAGGAGCACAGCUGAGAAUAUAUGACCCUAAAGUGGAGGAUUCCCAAAUCAUGAGAGAUUUAACUGCUCCUAACAUAUCAGAGAAUCCAGAGAGAGUUGAUAAGCUAGUGAGUCUGUUCUCAGACCCUUAUAGGGCAGCAGAAGGGGCUCAUGCUGUGGUUGUGUGUACAGAGUGGGACGAAUUCAAGACUCUUGACUACCAGAGGAUAUACAACAACAUGUUGAAACCUGCCUCAAUUUUUGACGGGAGAAUGAUCCUCGACCACGAAGCUCUACAUGAUUUAGGAUUCCACGUGGAAACAAUUGGCAAAAAGAUAACUCGGGGCAAAGUAACCAGGCAAUUUCCAUCAGUUUAAGGAGUUCUGAUUAUCGUCGAUAUUGGGACCAUUCAUCUUUCAGUGGCAAUAAUGAUAUGAUAUGGAAAACAAUACUUAAAAGAUACUAUAAUAUUAAGAGAGACUUCAAUGUCAAAUGUUGAGAGACUUUCAACAAGGGAGAAAAUUUAAUAUUAGGAGGGAAUUGAAUGUCAAAACUGGACUCAAAACAGCAAUAGACUUCAAAUUACCAUGUUCACAAUUUGCGCAAUCAAGUAUUGGAACAGCGGUUUUACAGAGAAUACAUAUUUUAUACAUCGGGAAUUUUUUGGAUAUGAAGGGAGAACUGAAUAUCAGACAGAUGUU